AUGCAGUCUGUUAAGAGGGUAACUGUUCUGCAUGAAACCAUUCUUUGGAGAAAUGGGUCACCUGAAAAACCAGUGCUCUGCAAUGCAUGUGGAUCAAGAUGGCGGGGUAGAAGGACACUAGAUGGCUAUAUUCCCAGACAUGGAAACAUAGAAAUAGAGAACUAUCUGCUCCCUUAUGACAUGAAGCCGGCCCGUGAAGGAAAAAAGUUAGAAGUUGGAAUAGAGGUUUCUGGACAGGAUGGCUCUUCAGCUUGUCUUGAAGAGGAAAUGAAUAACAUAUCAAGCUUAUGUUUAGCAGGAUCAUCCUCAGAAAACUGCAUGCAGAUGGAAGAAACAAAUGCAUACAAAGGUUCUCUAUGGAAUCCUGACAGUGUCCCAAGAAGAAAAAGAUCAGAGCGUAGAAAAUGCAUUUUGUCACCUAUUGAAAGAUUCCAGAGGCAACUUCAUAACAUUCUACAGGAGCCAGACUUUGAAAAUAUCUCUGCAGACGAUGAAAAUAUUCUAGUAUAUGCAAGGAACAAACACUUUCCUCCUAAUGAGAUUGGUCUUGGAGCUAUGCUUCCACCUACUGCUACAAAACACUUGACAACUCUAUCUCCAUUGGCAGAAGAUAAUGAUGCCUCUUGCUCAGUGAAUGUUCCUGUAGGAAAUUCCAAUUCCAAUUUGUAA